AUGACUCCCCUGGACAUGUGGCUGUCCCGCUCCAUCCCCAUGUGCCUGCUCCUCCAGAGCCUGGUCCUCAUGGCCCUGUGCUUCCCCUCCGCCUCCAUGUGUCCCAAGGGAUGCGUCUGCCAGCGGGCCCGACCCGACCCUGGCCUCCACCUCGGCCCGGGGCCCCUGGGGCUCCUCCUUGGCCUCAACGUCACCUGCACCGGGUCCCGGCUCAAAGAGAUCCCCCCGGACCUGCCUCCAGACACCGCCGUGCUCCGCCUCGACCACAACCAGAUCAUGGCCGUCCCCGACCACGCCUUCCGGGGCCUGAGGCUGCUGCGGGAGCUCAAUCUGUCCCACAAUGCUGUGGAGACGCUGGGGGAGGGCGCCUUCAGUGGCGUGGAGGCCACACUGCAGGUCCUCGACCUCUCACACAACCGCAUCACUAGUGUGCACAAGGAUGCGUUCGCCCGGCUCAAAGCGCGGGUCCUGGUGGACGACAACCCCUGGCACUGUGACUGCACCCUGCAGCAGGCACUGGGCGGCAUGGCCCACAACCACGAGGCGGCUGCACGUGUCCUCUGCCGGAGCUCCGAACUCCAGGAGCAGGAGGGACGCCAUUUCCUGGCGGUGGACACAGACCUGUGUAACCUGGCCAAGAGGACCACGGACUACGCCAUGCUGGUGACAAUGUUCGGCUGGUUUGCCAUGGUCAUCUCCUACGUGGUGUAUUACGUACGGCAGAACCAGGAGGAUGCCCGGCGACACCUGGAGUACCUCAAGUCGCUCCCCAGCAAGCCUGUGAAGCCCAACGAGGUGGAGGACAUCAGUACUGUGGUGUAA